ACAUAAUAAUAAACAUCCGCACAUGAGAGAUGAGAGGGGUUGGUUGGGGUCAUCGAACGUUAGCUGAAAAAGAAGUAGUUCAUCCCGGGUUCACUGUGUUUAUUUUAGAUAUUGUGAAUGACAUGGUUUGUGUGACCUGAUAAGGAGAUAUAAGUCUGAAGAUGAAUACAGCCCAGAGUAUAGUGUUGGGGUGUGGUGGACUAGUGUUGGCUAUCCUCUACCAGUAUGAUUUCCUAUUUACCACAAUAUUUGUAGUCCUCCAUUUACUUGUUAUUGCGGCAGGAAUAUUUCUGGGAUCAUCAUGGUCACUGGUGCGAGGGAAACAAUACAAACCAACAUCAGCUCCACCUGAAGAAUCUGCAGUCAACACAUUGAUACAAAAACUAAUGGAAAGAAAAGCUGACAAAAGAGGAGAGCCAAAAAAAGUUGUAAUAUCAAGAAAUAUUGACCUGGCCCUUCAGGAGGUUAUAGAUUUGUCUCUGAGGGAUUUCGUCCUCACAUGGUAUGAAGAUUUGUCAAAAGACCAGGAAUCUCUACUAACAGCUAUCAAGGGGGAUGUCUGGAUUGUAAUUAAACAACUCAGCACCAGAUUAUCUAAGGUCGACAUGAUGAAGUUAAUUACGCAGGAUGUGGUGGAAAAACUUCAUUCUCAUUUCACAGAGAUAAGGACUGCAGCCAAGAGUAGUGACAGCAAUGUUGGAGAUGACAGAAAAUUCAGUUUACAUCCCUGGUUGGCUAGUGAGGCAUCAGAGCGACAGUUCCUCAGUCAACUCUGUGAAGUCCUCCUCCUUAUUUUCCUGCCUGACAACUACAAUGGAUGCACCACCAUACGACAUAUCCUUCGUGAAAUCAUCACAUCCUCAGGAUUACAGCCAAUGGUAGAUAUGGUGUGUGACCCAGACUACAUCAAUGAAAAGCUCAUUGCCUACAUUGAUUAUCGACGACAGGUGUCAGAGGACACACGACGUACCUACUUGUAUGCUGCAAACUAUGAAGACUUUGUCAAGAUGAUUGGAAAAUGUGAAGACAUUGAGCAUUUAAAACAAAUAAGAUACAACAUCAUAACAGAAAUUAUACAGGCUACCACGAUAAAGAAUCUGCAGCAGGAACAGGCUGGUUCAGGUAAACCUGGGUCACCAAAAGGCAUGGCAAAAGGAGAGCUGUUAAAAUCAAGAAAUUUGAAAAGAUAUAUCAAUCAGUUAACUGUAGCAAAGUCUAAGUGUGAGAAGAGAAUCCGCUCCCUGGGGGGUCCAGACUACAAGUAUUACACAGACAAUGCUGAUGGUGACUGCCAAGUGGAGAAGGUGAUGACGUUUAGUGAGGUGAUGGACUCUCCCUUGGCUAGACAAGAAUUCUUCAAGUUCCUGAAACGAGAUGAUAAUGAGUCCUUACUUGGAUUUUGGAAUGCUGUUGAGAAGCUCCGAUCUGCUGACAAGAGACAACAUCACCAGCUCGGCAGUGACAUCUUCUACCAGUACAUAUCAAGUUCCAGCAGUGUGGUCAAGACUGACCGGUCACUUAUCAAAACUAUGGAGACAUUCCUAAAGGGAGACACAGGACCAGAUGCCUUCUUUGAGGCUCAAGACCAAGUAUAUCAGGUGCUUCAGAAAGAUCACUACCCAUCAUUCCUUGUGAGUGACAUUUACUACCGCUUUAUAAUCAGUGAUGAUUACGAGCGUAUGGACGCAGCAUGUGUAUCAUCAAAAGACCAGUUCUUCUUCGGACCCACGGAAAGCUUCCUGGAGCCUGAAGAUGAAGAAGACUCUGACAAUGAAGACUUGUUUGCUAGUGAGUCAUAUGCAGCUCAGCAGAGACUGGAGACACUUGACGAAAAGAUCCGCAACAAGACACAAGCAAUCCAGGCUCUCAAAACAAAGAAAACAGACGAUGCUAAGAUUGGUAAAGUAGAGAAGGACAUGGAGAAGGAGAGGGAAAACUUAAUGGACGAGAAGAAACAGUUAGAGGCACAUAUCCACCGCAUGCAGAUGUGGUGUGAGAACCAAGGAAAGUGGCGUGCCCAUGUAUACGAAACAGAGACAUUUGAGGUGGGAGAGAAGAAGACUCCAGUAUUUGUAUUAAUCAUACACCUUGUUGGGGCCGGUAUGAGUCAAAACCUCCAGAAAAGCAGUCACGGUUGGGUUGUCUCACGUACACUUCCUGAAUUUCACAAGAUGCAUAGACAGCUUGUACAGAUUGGGUCUUGGUUGAAGAAGAAAGACUUACCAACAAUUGGAAGGUUCACAACAGUAGAUGACAAGUUUAUACUGGAGAGCAAAUCUGCCAUCAAUGAAUAUCUCAUUGCGGUGAUGAAGGAUGAACGGAUGGCUCAGAGUGAGGUUCUAUGUCGAUUCCUAACCCCAACACCUUCCUACCUGAAACAGCAGGAGACAGCAGCAAAGAAGCGCACAUUCUUUCUGGACAGUUUACUCAAAAGUCUUCCAAAAAUUGGCCAGGAAUCUCAUGAGAAUGAGGAUGAACUGCUGUUUUCUGGAGAUGAUAGUACUAAACUAGACAGGAGCAAGGAUUCCAUUGCAGAACCUUUUUACAAGCUGGUGAAUGAAGUGUUUGAGCUGCGAGGCAUGUUUAAGUGGCUAAGGAAGAGUUUCAUAGCCUUUGUAGAAGUCAGCUUCGGUAGAUCAAUCAACAGACAACUGAGGGAUACUGUAGACUGGAUCUUCUCUGAACCGAUGAUUAUCUACUACAUACGCAUGUUCAAAGACUCGAUGUGGCCAGAGGGCAAACUAGCUCCCUAUACUGAGGCAAAGAGUGACGAGAAGAAAUUCCGGACACGGAUGGAAGCCAAGGAGAAAUUUCUUACAAAUAUUCCUGAUGCUCUCAAGUCACUACUCGGAGAAAAUAAUGCACGCAGAGGUUCAAUCAAAGUAUUCGAAGUCCUCCAAGAUACCCGAUUAAAUAAACACUUGUUUUACAUUCUGUUAGAAUUGGUUUUGAUGGAGAUCUGUCCAGAGCUGAAUGAAACCGAGACACCAUUGUCAUCUACAGAAGUUCUAACAUUAUGAUGGUAGUCGCAUUGUCCUGUAGUACUAAAACUAAAGUUCAUCUUUCCACAAUUGGAAUUCACUUUCAACAGAUGUGGAGUGUGUUUCCUUGACUUCAUUUUCUAGUGACCUUUGUCAUGUACAUUCUAAAAUCUGUACACUUCUGCUCCAUACACGCAUUCUUGCGAAUUCUUUUUGAAAUAACCGUUUUAAUGGCAAAAUGUACACUACAUAAUAUGUUCCAGAAAUGAGAACUUAUGAUUGGAGAUUGCAAGUACACAUUUUGUAGAGAAAAACCUUCCAUUGCUUUUCCCAUGACCAUUUUGUUGCUUAAAACGAUAUUAGUCCCUACUUUGUAUUAAAUUAUUGCCAUGAGGUCAUAUAGAAGACAUAGUACAUACAAUAUUUUAUAACUGUUUUAUGAGCUACAAAUACAUACAAUACUUUAAAUUUAUGAGUUACAAAUACAUACAAUACUUUAUAACUAUAUUAUGAGUUACAAAUACAAAUGUACAUACAAUACUAUAUAACUAUAUUAUGAGUUACAAAUACAUACAAUAUUAUAUAACUAUAUUAUGAGUUACAAAUACAUACAACACUUUACAAUACUUUAUAACUAUAUUAUGAGUUACAAAUACAUACAAUACUUUAAAUUUAUGAGUUACAAAUACAUACAAUAUUUUAUAACUAUAUUAUGAGUUACAAAUACAUGUACAUACAAUACUUUAAAACUAUAUUAUGAGUUACAAAUACAUACAAUACUAUAUAACUAUAUUAUGAGUUAUAAAUACAUACAAUACUUUACAAUACUGUAUAACUAUAUUAUGGGUUACAAAUACAUACAAUACUUUAUAACUAUAUUAUGAGUUACAAAUACAUACAAUACUUUAUAACUAUAUUAUGAGUUACAAAUAGACACACCCCACCAAUAUAUUUCUAUCUGGAAUAUUCCUAGUUAAAAUCUGUGAUGAAUAAUAUCUCAUUCUGAAAUGACUUUUAGUACUGACCUUCGUACAGUGGAAACCCCUUUAAUGAAGGGCAGGGAUUCUGAAUUGCAUGCCAUAUAUUUUUCCCUUUAUAAUGUACAUCUGUGGUGAUCAUUAUGUGCUUAGAUUAUAAGCACAUCACUUAAUUUGACACAUUCCAGAAAAAAGUAUGUGAUGUAUUACAUGGCAUGAUACUUUCCAUGUAUUGAUUGAAGUAAGGAGUCAGUACUGAUGUAACCAGUAAUUUUAUUGAUGAAGAUGUUCAACUUAUUAUUUAACAGUGUUUCUGAUAAGUGAUUUCUAAAAAAAAAACAGUCUUGCAGUUGACUAA